AGUAGCAGGGUGCUGUCGCACUGCCCGGCAAAAUGGCGGCGGCGGUGGUGAUGGGGCAGGCUGCCCUCGGGGCGCGGCACCCCGACUGGGCCGCGCGGGCCGUCAGCACCGGGACGACCAUCAUGGCGGUGGAAUUUGCUGGGGGGGUCGUCAUCGGUGCGGACUCACGGACCACCACGGGGGCCUACAUUGCCAACCGGGUGACGGACAAGCUGACCCCGAUCCACGAGCGGAUCUACUGCUGCCGCUCGGGCUCCGCCGCCGACACGCAGGCCAUCGCCGACGCUGUCACCUACCAGCUUGGCUUCCACAGCAUCGAGCUGGAUGAACCCCCUCUAGUGCACACAGCCGCCAGCCUCUUCAAGGAGAUGUGCUACCGCUACCGUGAGGACCUCAUGGCCGGGAUCCUCGUGGCUGGCUGGGACCCACGCCGUGGUGGGCAGGUGUACUCUGUGCCCAUGGGCGGGAUGUUGACACGGCAGCCGGUCUCAGUGGGUGGCUCUGGCAGCUCCUACAUCUACGGCUACGUUGAUGCCAACUACCAGCCGGGCAUGAGCAAGGAGGAGUGCCUGCGCUUCGUUGCUAAUGCACUGGCGCUGGCCAUGGAGCGGGACGGCUCGAGUGGCGGUGUGGUGCGGCUGGCAGCCAUCACCGAGCGUGGGGUCGAGCGCCAGGUGCUGCAGGGGGACAAGCUCCCACGCUUCUCAUCUGCUUGAGACCAGCGCCCCCCGGGGGCCCAAUAAACUGCUCUUGGAACCUU